AACAAAGACGGCAAAAAGUUGAAGAAUAUUUGUCAAGAAAAAAGACCUUUUCUGGCAUGCCCAUUCAAGAAAACCAGACUUCGAUCAGUAGCAGAACUAGGAGAGCAACCAGCACUAAACUGCAAGACAAAAUGCAGCUCUCAACAUCUCCAGAGCCAGAAAUGGUGAACAAAGAGAAUGCUAAUAAACUGUCAUGCGACCCAUCAAAGGGAACCUCAGAAGAAAAUGUUUUUUUAAACUCUUCUACAAUCACUCUGACAAAUUCCAUAUCAGGUACAAACUAUAAUCCUGAAGAUUGUGCUUUCAGGGAUGAAGUCAUUGACAUAAAAUCUCAGCAUGUGUCACUUAGCAAGUCCUUCCUGCUUCUAAAAAGCAUAAAAGAGAAGAAAUUGAUUGCAGAAAAACAAAAUUCAAGUGUCAUCCUACCAAAGAAACCAGUGCUUGGUACAUAUCGUGGCAAAGUUAUCCAGUCCAAGAUAAACUCCUUCCGAAAAGCACCCAACAGUGAGAGUGAAAAGAGUUCUUUGCCAAACAAGAAGAUUCUUCCUUCUGCCACCAAACCAGCAGUAAGUUCUUUGCCCACAAGCAGCUGCAGUAUCAAAGUCACAAACUACCCUAAUUCUGAAAAAACAUAUUAUGUUCUUCCAUUCCAGAACAAGGCAUCUGACAAAGCUGCUAUCAGCUCACAGCCCGGCCUGAAGAAAUGGCAACCGACAUCUGCUGUAGUGCCGAAGAAAGCAACAGUGCAAAAAAUGAGAGGUGGGAGAGGACCACAGCCACCAAAGGUUGCUUCUAACAGUUCUGACCGCAGAAUACUAGGAGUGAAGAAAAGAGUAGAUUUUUGUGAAGAUGCACGAUCAGAAGCUCCAGCAAAACGAAUUUCUGUUGUUCCUGGUAUCAAGUCAGGACAGGAUUCCAAAACUGAUGGCAACAGAAAAUCUCUUCUGCCAAAAGAGUCAGCAGAAGAGAGAAGAGCUCGCCUGGAUGAAUGGAGGGCAUCUAGAGGGAAAGUGAUGAGGAGACCUCCUGCAUCUGUGCUUCUGGGACCCCAGUCUAAAAAUGAAGAACAAGAAUUUUCUGGUGAUUCUUUACAGCAUGUGUUACACAGUGAAAAGGUCAACAAGACUCUUGCAGAAUGUCUGCAGUUAACCAAACAGGGAUGUCAAGGCGAUGAAGUACGUGCCAUGUUGAAAGAUCUGACAAAGAGCGUUCCUGGGGCUAAAAAGCUUGCAAAAUACUGGAUCUGCUGUAUGCGUCUGGAGCAGACGAGCCCUCUUGAAAAGAUUAUUGCUGUCUAUGAGGAGGCCAUUCUGGCAGGAGCAAUGCCUAGGGAUGAACUACGACACACACUAAUAGAUAGUAUGAAAAACGCUGAAAGCCUUUUUAAGUCUGAGGAUGGGGGAACUGUGAUAAAAGCUCAUUUAAGUGAGGUAGUGGAAGACAGCAAGGAACCACAUUCACCUGUAGAACAGAUUCAGGGAGCUUUUAAGGAUCUCAGCUAUGAUGAUGAGCAGAAAACAGAGAGUGAUGACAAGAAGGCAGAGACUAUCAGUGAAGUGAUCAAAACAGAAUUGGAUUUAGACUUGAAACCGACAGAAGAGAUCUUGCCAAAAAAGAAUAAAAAGCACAAGACUAAAGAACGUACGAAAAAGAAAGGAAAAUGUGAAACAGAAGAGCAGAAGGAGGAUGGGAUAAAAGAUAUGCCCCAAGCAGUUCAUUCUCCUGAGAAGGAGAAUGACACACCUUAUUUAAUGAAAUACAAUCCAUCUACCGCACCAUACUUGGAAAGUGUGAAGAUGAGCCAUGAGGUGAAUGACUCCAGUGCUAAAAUUGUAACCCCUUUGCGAUACUCCCAACGCAUUCGGGAGAAGAUGUGCAAGCUGUCGGAUACUGUUCAAGAUCCAUGUAUCUCUUCAUUUGACCAGCUGGGAGAAUUGGAAUUAAAAGUCACUGCAUCAGUCCACAAACAAAGCAAUGCGCUCCAAGAAACAAGUGUUGAAGUAGAAAAGUAA